AUUUUCAGUUUCGAGAAACAGUAAUUGGUAUCAUGUUGUUUGUUAAGUGAAAAGCAUUGAUUGAUUUGGAUGUAAUUGCAUUUUACAAUAGUUAUAGAUUGUUUCUCGACUUUUUUUCAGUUUUACAGUUUGGUGUUGUCUUUUCGAAAUGCAUUGAAAUUGGACUUAAUAUAUAACAGAAUACUGUCAGGUGAAUAUAGAGACAUGGUGUGUGGCUGAGCAUAUGGUAACAUACUGGGUCCCAGAGUAACCAGAAAGUUAUGAAAAAACAAGAAUUUAGAUGUCUGUGUGUAAUAAGGAAAAUCUAUUCGUAAACUGGAGAUUGUUGGAUUACCUGUCGGCAGAACAUUGAAAUCUCUUAGAAUCUGGAUUAGAGAACCGAAGGAUGCAGAACAAAAUUCACCAAACAGCCUGAAGAUGUGAAACUAUCAUGAGCAAAAAAGGACAGAAUGACUUUGAAGAGCUUGAGCUCUACUUACAGAAAGCUCAGGAAGAUCUGUUAAGGACCUUCAAGGUAGACGAGAAUGACACUGAGAUUGAACAUAAAACUUUGAAAAGCCAGGAGACAGAAAGGGAAAAAGUUGACUUUGAAGGACAAACUGUGAUUGCGGACAAAGACAGGGACUCCUUCAGUGAUAUACUGGAUUUAUAUGACAAUGUAGAAUUUUAUAAAGAGAAGAAGUUUAACGAAUUGAAAAGUAAUGAUGUUGAAGAAGUUAAACAUGAUUUCACGGAUGACAAGAAUAAUAAUACCAUAAAUGGUAAUGAAAAUGUUAAAAAUGCUCAGAUUUCGGAAUCCACUGAUGUUGAAGAAAUAGAAAUGAGUAAAGAUUUUGGAGAAAAUAGAUUUUCCAGAAAAGGUAAAUGUAAUUUUAUGAGUAGUACAUCAAAGAAGGCUGAAAGUAAUACUUCAAGAGAAAGUAAUAAGCAACAAGUGGCAGAUUUAGAGGGUAAUCUCAGUGAGCCAUUGACCUGUAAAGAUGUUAAAAACAGAUCUCAAGGUUCACAGGUUGUUAAGAAAACAGGCAACCAAAAUCACAUAGAUGAUUUAAGGGAUUGUAAUAAAUCACCAAAUGUUUCAUGUACCAGAUCUGCUAUUAGCAAGAAUUUGAACACCAGAACAACUGACAGAAAAUCCUCUUCAAAACCUUGCCAGGAAGUUUUAGCUCAUUUAGAGUUAGCAGGAAAGGAUCAUGUAUCUGGGUCACUGAUUGAGGUCACCCAAGAAAAUUCCUCUUCAUUCAUAGAGGCUGAUAUGCAAAUUGAAGGCAAACAGCCGUCUUAUCUCACAGGUGAUAACAGUCAAUUGGAUAAUGGGGAAAGUGAUAUAGAAGUAGAGGGUGGUACAUUAAUGAGUUUACAGCCAAGAGAUGUGUCAAUAUUGGAAAGUGAUGGAUAUUUAGGUAAUAAAUUGGAGAAUCUGAGUGAUAGAAAUUCAGGAAAUUAUGAAAGGGAUGGAAUUAUAGAGAAAAAUGGUGAUAAAAUAAGUUUGUAUAAAAAUGGGAUAUCUGAGAAUGUUGAACUUAAUAGCAAGAUUAGUGAUAAUAAGAAGGAUUCAGUUAUAAAUUACAGUUAUUUAGAUAGUGAAAAACCCAUAAAAGAUGAUUUAGAGGAAUUUCUGGAAGAAAUCAAUGAAUCAAUUGAUGAGCUGAUUAGCGAAGGUAAAAAUGAAAUGUCUGACAGCUGUUGUUCAGUGAGUGCUAAAAGUGGGAUUUCUGACAGUGGAAUAUCUUGUAUAAGUAAAAGUGAUAUUUCAGAUAGUGCAGUAUUUAGUACUAACAAAAAUAUCAUGUCCGAUAGUGGUGUUUCAUUCAUAUCUAGAAGUGACAUUUCGGAAAGCUGUAUUUCGUACACUAGUACAGAUAGCGGUUUUAGUAACAGCCACAUUUGUCAGAGUAGUUCUGAUCAAAGAAAAGAUGGUAUUGAAAGAAAUUGUGGUAAAGGGAGUGAAUGUAGUAGUAUGAAAAAUACUGUGGGUGAAGCAAAAGAUAGUGUAGCAAAGUUGAAGGAUGGAAAAGAUAUAAUGAAGGGUAAAGCAAAUGAAAUGAAGGGUAAGGGAAAUGAAAUGAAAGCUGAAGUUGAUGAAAUAAAGGAUAGAAAAGAUAGAGGGAAGGAUAAAGUUGUAGACAAAGAAAAAUCUGUUAAAGAUGUUGAUGAAGUAGUUGAAACUAAUGAAGGAUUUUAUUGGGUGACAUGUUCUAUUGAGGAGGGAGAUGGUACAGCAGGAUCUGACUGGAAUGAUUGUGUUAAAGCUCCAGAUGAUAUGAAACAACAGUGUAGAAAAGUGAUUGGUGGACCAGGUGUAGAAAUGAAUUCCAAUAAUAGUUAUGAAGAUAAACUGACAAGUCAUUUGGCUGUUAAUGCCUCUAAAAAUGAUAAUAAAUGGAACCAAGUAGUUGAUACUGAAGAUAGUAUCGAAAUUAAAACAGAUGAUCAGUACAAGGCUGUCAGUAGCAAAAAUGCAGAAAAGAAAGCUGAAAUUCUGAUUGCAGACAAAAGAAAUGACCAGAGUGGUAUUCAUUCGGAAUCCAAGAAGAUCACUGUCAAAACCCUAUUGAAAUUACCAGGUGGAAGUCAAGGUAUGAAAGACUCAGUUGCAACUAAUAUUACUGAUAAAGCAGACCAAGACAUUAUUGCUAAAGAUGACUGCAUUCUUGAUAAAUUGAAUAGAAUUAAUAAUACUAAACUGAAAAGGAAAUAUUCAUGUCCACCAGCCAUGUUCAGAGUUUUCAAAGUUGUAAGUGUAGAUAUUCCAAAAAUUGACACAGCUAGAAAAAGUGGGUCACAUGAAAAUGUUAAGAGGUUGUCUUUGAAAAGUCAUGAAAAAAGGCAUUCAAAACAUUCUAAAGAAGAAAAUGAAGGUAAAGAGCCUAAACGUCACUCAUUAGAGGCCCUGUUAUCAAAAAGGAAAGAAGAACAUGAAAAUAAAAAGCAUCUCCAUAAAAAGUUAGAUAAGAAUGGACUAAAGAUGAGAAUUGAGCCGCCAGUGAUGUUCAGAGACAAACAGGAAGAAGAUGUAAACAAUGGACCAAUUUUAAAGCCGCCUCCUGACUUUGAUACGAAUAGUCAAGCUGCAUUAAUGGACACACAGCAUUUACCUCCACCAGUCUGGGACCCUGGAGUAACUACCAGCAUGCAUUCAAGGGAGGUUAGUCUUGACCAGAAGUUAACGCAGCCAUCAACACCACCCCCUCCGUCAGUUGAUCGAACAGAAAAGCUGAUUAGUAUCACCCUUAAUCAACAUAAACACAGGAAACUCAGUGCUGAUGCAAACAGUGGUUUGGUACUUUUAAAACCACCAGACUGUGUGAGGCGAAAAAGUGCAGAUAGCGGAAUUACGAGCGAAUAUGUUGAUUUGGAUUCAUUUCAAACUUUAAGUUCCCAAACUUCCAGUUCGAUAAAAGAUGAUAAAAUUAGAGGAACAGGUGCCAGAGAAUUCGAAACAGAAGACUGCAGAUAUAAUUUAAGUCCGGAUUUAGAAUCUGAUAGUUCCGAAAUGCCAAACAUUAUAAGUGGUAAUGUUAAAAGUGUGAACUGUAGUGAGUACCAGGAAAUUUUACCUAACAAUAAAUUGAAGCAUGAGGCUUCUGAUGUGGAAUUAGCAAAAAUGCUGGAUUUAAUUGAAUCGUAUCACAUAAGUGAUCAUAAUGAUUCUGAGAAAAUUACUCAGAAAAGUGUGUCACCAAAUAAGGAAAAUGUGUGCCAUAAGCAAGAACUAUUGAACACUGAAUCUUACAAAUCACAGUCUCUAGACAGACGAAAAAGAGAGAAAAGUGAAAAAGGCGUACAUAAUUCUUUUAAUGACAUUGAAGAUGAUCCAAGUGCAAUAUAUGCAACAGUUGAUAAGUAUAGGCCCAGAAAACCUACUCCUGAAAAAGUAGUUCCUGAGAACAUUUCCCAAGACCCACCACCUGUCCCUCCAAAACCUAAACAUUUGUCAGAAGCAUUUAGUAGUAAAAACUUGGUGACUGAUGCAGAACGUGCUCAGUCCUCUGAUUUACAAGUGAUGUUCAAUUCUCUAAGUCCUGUUUUACUGCGUAGGAAUAAUUCAAAUAGGUCCCACCGAAAACAGGGCAGUUCUACAGAAACUAGUCCCGAUAGUACACCAGAUGUUUCUCCGAGAGUAGUGCAGAGUCAGAAGAAUAACUUUAAUGAUAAAAACCAAGACCAGUCUGGUAAGAAUGGUCCAGUGGAAUCCCUCUUCAUGGACCCUGAAAUGGCUAGAACUUGGCAUGGGGCAACAAGCACAGAUUGGUCACAAUAUUAUGGCCCACAGAUGAGAGCCAUGAUGAAAGAAUUGAACAGGUUGAAUAAUGUCGAAAAGGCAUCAAGUCAUGACAACAUCAACAAAUCUGCAGAAUCCUUAGAUGAAAGCAAAUCGAAAACUCUCCCAUCGAAAUCACUUCUAGAUGAAAUGCAUAAAAAGUUUUGUGCUGAUCAGUAUAUAAAUGAAAAGGACAUUGAAAUGACAAGGGCCUUGGUUUUAUUUCGACUGAAAUCUCAACAACCUCCUACUAAAACAAGGCGUAGCCAGAGUUUUAAUAUUCGUAUGGGAACUGGGGCUUCCUACAGUAGACUUGGCAUGAAUGCUUCUAGUUCUUCUGCAAGCUCGGAGUCGUCUCCCAGGAUUCCAAGGUCAGCAGAGCGUCUUAGAAUCAAGACCAGACCUGGUGUUCAGUAUUCUCCAAAACCCAUGAAAGUAAGGGGAGUAACUCCAGAGCCACUAAAGAUUGAGGAUUUAAGCAACCAGGCACAGAAUUCACAGAAAGAAGAAGCAGAAAUUGAAGCAAUAGAAGCUUGUCGAUGGCUGCGAGAGACUGGAUUUCCUCAGUAUGCGCAGCUGUAUGAAGAUGGUCAGUUUCCACUGGACAUAGAAUCUGUAGAGAAGGACCAUGAUUUCCUGGACAAGGAGGACAUACAGUCGCUGUUCAGGCGACUCAACACCUUGAACAAAUGUGCAAUAAUGAAAAUAGGUACACCUACCAAAAAAGAGUCUGAAGAAUCUGAUGAAGAAGAUCUUUGUGCACUGAGUGACAAGUGGAAAUAUCAGCGAAGUAGUCGACGCUGGUCUCGGAAGGACUUAGAUUGUCCAGUCAUAGAAAACCGAAAUGGUCAACCAGUGUUAAAGUCUGCAUCAAGUCACGACAGUUUGUUAGCAGACCAAAAUAGUAGUAGUGAAACUGGGGACAGUCCUGUUUUAGACAGUAAAAUGCUUCAUACUAGUGAAGAUAUGGUGUUCAAAACGUCAACACCUGCAUAUGAUGCAAAUGGUAAUACUACAACUGGAGUAAGUCCAAGGGUAAUAAGAAGAGCAGCAAGUGACAGAAUAAAGGGAGCUAAAAGCUUCCUAAAAAGAAUGGAAAGUUUAAAAGGAAAAAGGACAAGAAAGAAUAAAACUAUCACAGAAAUAAGUGGACCUGUAGUUACGGACAAUGCUGAUAUGCAGGCGAAAAUUAAGCAUUUAAAUUGUAGGGAUAUCAACUUGCCUGUUGAUGCAAAUUCGAAUAUUCCAGAAACAUCAGAACUGUUGGUGAAUGGUGAUUCUAAAGGAAAUGUAGCUAUAACGUCACCAGAACUUAUUACCUCCCCUAGAAAUGAGGCUCUUACCGUAGGAACUCCUCAUAGAAAAUCUGACGAAUCUAGUGCUUUAAACACAACAAAUUCUAGUGCUUUAAAUUCUGAUACUGGAAACAACAAUACAGAAAAAAGUUCAGACUUGUCGCAUAUUUCGACAAAUGGUGCUUUAGGUUUAGACUUGUCAGUUCGCAGUCGUCACAGUAACUGCAGUGAUGGGACAAACUCGUCAGAAGAUACACUUUUCAUUCCAGUCGAAUAUCGUCCGGGAAAGUUUCCGACUCUUUUAGAUGACUCACUCUUCACUAGUGAUAGUAACGUUAGAACUAGAAGUUUUAGUUAUGCGGAUGACAAUAGUACACAUGAAAACACAAAGCAAACACGACGAGGGUCACAUGACCCGAGGAAACAAAUGAAUAGAGUUAGCAUUUACGAUAACGUUCCUAUUGAAGAGGAUUUAGCGACUGCACAGCAAGAGUUGGAUAUUAUUCUUUCGGAACUUUUCCAAAAUAUAAAUGGACUUAACAAAGCAAUAAAUGGAGAAAAUGCAGAGUUAUUAGAGCCUCCAGUAUCGGACAGUUUCUUGGACGACUCCAGUGUUAGCAUUGAUUCCCAAAGUCCAGAAAUCGAAGCCAAUCUAGACAGCCCUAGUGAAACCACACAACAUGAUGAAAACGAAUUAAUCAGUGGCACAUUAUCAUCACCUGAUAUCAGUGAUCACGAGACACAGUUGGAAGAUAUGUCACAUGACGAUUCUGCAGAACAUAUUGUUGUACGAGAACGUCGUGACUCUGGUGUUGGCUCAUCUUUGACAAGAACCAACAGUGAAAGAAGAAAAUACAGAAUCAGAUGGCAUAGUUUUCAGAAGUCACAUCGUCCAACAUCGGAGAGUCGCAACUUACAGUUAUGUAAUCUUUCUGCUGGUCAGAUCCUGGUGCUACGAAAACUUUCACUUCUUAAAUUGACUGCAUUAAUAGAAAAAUAUGCGCCCAAUCGUUCAGGGUGGUCAUUGACUGUUCCGAGAUUCAUGAAACGUAACAAAGUGCCAGAUUACAAGGACAAGAAUGUUUUUGGUGUUCCAUUUUCUGUGAUGAUUCAAAGGAGUGGUCAGGCUUUACCACAGUGUAUUUUACACGCAAUGAGAUUCUUACGACGCACUGCAGGAGAUGCCCUUGGAAUAUUUCGGAAGUCUGGAGUUAGAUCAAGAAUCCAGAAAUUGCGGAAUGACAUUGAGGCUGAUCCAGAAGCAGUAGACUUUGAGGACCUGCAAGCGUAUGAUGUCGCAGACCUGGUGAAGCAGUAUUUUCGAGAGCUUCCAGAGUGUCUCCUUACAAACAAACUUUCUGAUAUCUUCAUUUCAAUAUUUAUAUACGUUCCAACAGAGUUACGACUUGAGGCCCUGCAGGCUGCUGUUGUAUUGAUGGCAGAUGAAAACAGGGACGUGCUCCAAUCCUUGCUGCUCUUUCUCAGUGAUAUAGCUAAACAAGCCAGCAAACAUCAGAUGACAGCUAGUAACUUAGCUGUUUGUUUUGCUCCUUCACUUUUCAACAUGGGAGGCGCUAGAAGUAUCAAUCAGACCCCAAGUCCAAGAAGGAACCGUAAAAACCCUGGGAUCCCAGAUGCACGUGAACUUAUGGAGCAGAAAGCUGCUCACGAGUGUCUUACAGUCAUGAUAAAUGAGUGCAAGAAGUUGUUCACAGUACCUGCAGUUACUCUGAGCAAGUGCCGUGUUUUACACGAGGAUCCAGUCACCCUUGAGGAAUUAAAUAAACAGUCCGAGGAUGGCAGCCAGGGAUACAACGCCCAUAUUGAGUCAUGCAUACAGGGGCUCCUUAAGGAGUCGCGAGAGAAGUUCCGAGGCUGGGUAUCGGUGUCUGCCCCAACUGAUGUGGAUGUUUCUUACAAGAAAGUUGGUGAUGGACACCCUCUGAGGCUGUAUAAGUGUGCGGUAGAUGUUGAAGCCCCACCCAGUGAGGUUCUCAACAGGGUGUUAAAUGAAAGACAAAAAUGGGAUGAAGAUUUACUGCAGUGGAACACCGUAGAGAAACUAGAUCAGCAAACAGAAGUUUUCCAGUAUGUACGCAACAGUAUGGCACCGCACCCGACCAGAGAUUACUGUGUUCUCAGAUCUUGGAGAACAGACUUACCUAAAGGAGCGUGUGUGUUAAUUUCCACAUCAAUAGACCAUAAAGAAUCAGACCUUCUUGGUGGUAUUAGAGGGGUAGAAUUAGCUUCACGUUAUCUCAUAGAGCCAUGUGGCACUGGCAAGUCAAGACUUACACACAUCAGCAGGGUUGACUUAAGGGGGCACAGUCCAGAAUGGUACAAGAAAGUGUAUGGACACAUUUGUGCCAAUUUUAUGGAUCGCAUUCGAGCAUCUUUCCAUUGUAAUUCCGAGGGCCCAGAAACUAAAGUCUGAUCAUGUGACCUAUAACAUAGUGGGACCAAUGAAAUGGAACUUUACAAGUCAAGUAUC